AUGAGGAAUUGUUUCCCGCCCAACGUCAGCAUGAAGUUUGGUAUGGAGAGCAGCGCCACCUCCCGGCACGCCAGUCACAGAGUUAAACUUGAGGGAAUGGACAUGGAAUUCUUUAUUGUUAACUUUGAAGAGACUUUCCGUUAUCACUUUGAGAUCUACAUCUACGGCUACGCCUGGCCUUUCUUAACUCUCAUCGUUGUAGUACUGAACAGUAUCAUUCUUUAUAUACUCGCCAAGAAACGAAUGAUGACCAGAAAUGUAACACAUCUUGUAAUCGGGACCAUCUGUCUCUUUGAUAUGCUGACCAUAGUUAUCCCGGGAUGUGCAUAUGUGUAUGUGUUUGAUUUCCUGGGAAUAAGGACAUAUUUACCAUACGAUCUAUGUAGCACGUGGUACUUACUAACAAGCAUAGUUCCCACUGUUUGUCACAGCACCGUCAACUUGUUGACCGUCCUAUUAGCCUUCCAGCGUUGCCUCAGCGUCACGUAUCCGUUGCAGGUUUCCCGUUGGUUUACCGCACAGAGAACAGUCACUGCAAUGUUAACUUGUUUCGUAAUCAGCAUCGUACCAGAAAUAGUGGACAUAUUCAGGUUUGGGCAUCACAGAGUAGAUAUAUACUUGGAAGGUAAUGCAACUUUUUCUGCGUGCUCCAUGGAGCCGGUGACUGAUGACGUCACGAUGAUCUACAUUCCACACGUCAUUGUGUCAUUGUUGUUGUUCAAGGUCAUUCCAUGUAUACUACUAAUUGUUUUCGGUAUCAUAAUGAUCAGGCAGGUACGAAGGGCGGCUAGGAUGAGAUGCUACCUACUGCACGUUAUUCGGAAUGACGACCAUGUCAAACACGCACGCGCGCACGAGCAUCACAGAGAAGUCAAACUGACGAUCAUGAUUAGCUGGGUGAUAGGGGUCUUUCUUGUGUUUGAAGUGCCAGCAGCUAUCUUGGUGGCACUGUCUGUAAUAUCACUAGUAUUUCAUGUCGACAUCAUCUGUCGUGAUGACCUUGAAACGACAUUGUCUCUCAUGUACAUCAUCGUCAUUGCGACUUUCGUCUCAAACUUCGUUAUUUAUUACGUCUGUUGUUACGAGUUCAGAGCUUACUUCAAACACAUGAUGACCCAUGCUAGGAAAUCAACAGCGAAAGAGGCAGUACAUUCUAAAAUAUCUAAUACAAAAAUUACAUUCGUGUCACAGAUCUCAGAACAGGAAUUGUCGUCAACCACCGGAGGUCAAGGUCACGGACCGGAUACUGGAAAUAGGUUGCAGACACCGAAUUCUGAAAUGAUAUUACAAACUUGUGGGCACAAAUACGAUUCUUUAAAUCACAUAACACAUAACACAAAGUCACAUCAUAUCUGUACCUCGUGUGAUGGGUUAAAAAACAGUGACAGGAAUAUUACCAAUGGGAAUAUGAAAAAUAACCGACAGCAAACCUGUACUGGUGGUUCAUUACAGCAGAUGUCAUCCUAUCUGUAG